UUGAAAUCUCACACCCGUCCCUCCUUUGCUUCAUUUCGAUUACGAUGAUUAUCAGUCUGCUCCGCGCAGGCCUGUGGGCCGCGUGCCUGACAUCAAUGACUUCGGCCCUUGUUCCUCCUAGUCAAGAUCCCUGGUAUCGCCAACCCGAGAACAUCAGCGCAUACGCACCCGGCGAAACGAUCCGUGCUCGUCCGGUUGCCAGCGAGCUGGAGCCCUACACGCCGGUGGGCAUGCCCAUUUCCGUGGAGCUGGUGCAUCAGUAUCUCUAUCGCACGACCGACAGCGUGGGCAAACCCAUUGCCGCCGCAGCCACCCUGAUCGUGCCGCACAAUUCAGACCCAAGCAAGCUGCUGGCCUACGAGACGUUCUACGAUGCGAACAAUCCGGAUUGCAGUCCCUCCUAUACUCUUCGCCACGGGUCCUCCCAUGGCAAUGGAGACCUGAUGCCCAACAUGACGCAGCCCAUGGAUCUCGCCUUUCUUUCGGCUGCUCUACAGCAAGGCUGGUGGGUGAUCACGUCCGAUUACGAAGGUCUGGACGCACAGUUUGCGGCGGGCUACCUGGCGGGAUACGCGACGCUAGACUCGGUGCGCGUCGCCCUGCGCGAGGGCCCGGCGCUGGGACUUGCGCAGAACGCUCGAUAUGCCAUGUGGGGAUACUCCGGGGGCGCGUUGGCCUGCGAAUGGGCGGCCGAGCUGCAGCCCUCGUACGCACCUGAGUUACACUUCGAAGGUGCGGCGAUCGGCGGGCUGUUGCCCAAUCUCACCUCGGCCAUCGACACCAUCAACAAGGGUCCCUUCUCGGGCGCCGCCUUCGUCAUUGUGAUCGGCAUCGCCAAGGCCUACGAGGAGCUGCACGGAUGGCUGGGCGAGAAUCUGAUCGAGGCUAGCCGGCACCAGUUCUACGGCUCGGCGGACAGCUGCGUGCUGGGCGAAUUCGCGGGCGGCAUGUUGAACGAUAUCUUCCGCUACUUCCUGCGCGGCAAGGCCUCGUUUACCGACGCCGUACCUUCGUCCAUCCUGGGUUCCGCCGGCCAGAUGGGCUCGGCGGGUGUGCCCCGGAUGCCGAUGUACGUCUACAAGGGCGCGUUGGAUGAGAUCAGUCCGAUCGCCGACACGGACGAGCUGGUGCACCGCUACUGCGACGACUCCGCCAGCAUUGAGUACCACCGCAUCCUGGCCGCGGAGCAUUUGACCACGGCCGUGUUCGGGUCGGUCAACGCGCUGCAGUGGCUGGCAGAUCGAUUGGCCGGCCACGAGGUUGCCAACCCCGACUCUUGUCGCACGACCGCCGUGCCGCUGAUGGACCUCAAAGGUAGCGCCAUUUCAUAUCUGGGAUCGGAGGCCGUGGGCACUCUGACCUCGGUGAUUGGUGGUCGUCUGAACUCGCGGCCGUCCAGGUGAACGUAGUCUACAGCUGCCUUGGUAGGAGGCCCGAUGGUUGCAG